AAUCUACUGUCACAUUCAUACAUUGUAUGUCAAAGUCAAAAGUCAAAACAUUACCGUAAAAAUGGCGACCACCGGAGUAGGUUUUCGGUGGUUAGAUAUUUUAGAAAAGGAAUUUGAUAAAGCGUGUGUCGAAUUGGACACUUCUUUGGUAGAGUUGGAAGCAGAAGAGCCAGAAGUCGUAUUUGGAGCUCGGCAGAAGAUAGCCACACUCAGUUCAUGUUUCGCACAACUUACACAUAAGGCAUUGACUAUUUUCCAGAAUAGUGCAAAAUUAGAGGCGGAGCUGGUCGAUAUGAGGGCGGAGCUGGUGCAGGCUAGAGCGGCAUCGGCUGGGUGUCUAGAAUCUGGCGAUACUGCCGGAAAUGUUUUAGACGCAGCACGCGCUCGGUCGGAAGCUGCGCAACUUGCGAGAGAAAAUGCGGCUCUGCGUGAAACCGUACUCGGAUUACAUUCGGAACUAUUUGGCGCCAGAUUAGCUACAAAAUACCUCGAUAAAGAACUCGCCGGCAGAAUACAACAGUUGCAGUUAUUAGGCAGAGAUAUGCGAGCGGAAGUCAGGGAUUCGCUUUGGGCGCAGGUGGAGGCUGAAAUCUUACUACAGAGACACAAGACCCUGGUCCGCGUGUGUCGCGGCGUGUCCCCCCGGCCGGCGCGUCCCCCCGCUCCCCCCGCCUCCCCUCCUGCCGCGCCGCCCGCCCCCCGCGCGCGCCCCCGCACCGUGCGGGUGCGACGCUCGCCGCAUCUAGGACUGGGCAUCUCCGUCACUGGCGGACGAGAACACGGGGUCCCGAUACUGAUCUCCGAGCUGGAGGCUGGGGGGCCGGCCGCGCUCACCGGGGAGCUCUACGUCGGAGACGCCAUACUCGCCAUCAACGACGUCGACCUCACUCAGGCGUGCCACAAGGAAGCCGUGCAGGCGCUGCAGAGCGUCAAGGGCGACUGCGCCCUCUGCGUGCAGUUCAUAGCGACCGACGACGACGACAGGCUCUCCGAAGACAACUACAGGUUCCCGCUGUACCCGGAGGACGGAGACGUGUUCCCGGGCGAACCCGACGGCUCCGGAGCCACGCCCACUGCGCCGCGCACUCCCGACUACACCAGCGACGUGAGCAGGGCCGGGUCGGAGGAGUGCGCGGCGGCACGCUACCCGGACUACAACGCCGUCAACAACAACCUCAACAUACUCGACAUGGACGACCACUCCAUCAAGAUCGAGACUAGACUAGAGUGGAACGCUUGUCGUUCGUCGGGCGAGUCGGCUCAUUCGACGCCCGUGCACGUCCGGAGCCACAUCAACAAGAAGAAACGUAAACCGCAGGACUGGCGUACGAAGGGUGCGUACCGCCCCGUGGAGCUGGAGACUCCCUCGUCCGACGAGCCGCACGCCGGGAACACGCCCCGGGACCAGCGCGCCCUCCCCGACACUGCAGCCGAGUCACCGCCAAUACCACCACCGCUGCAAGUCAAGGAGGCGAAUCCGCCUCUGAUAGAUCUAGUCAACAAACCGGAGUCAACGGAAAAAAUGAACGGUGACCUCACUCCAGUUUUCGAAUCAAAACCGAACGGCGAUGUGAAGACAGUUAGAAGAGAAAGUAAGACUUUCAGGAUAGGUACGGCGCGUCGCGUUACCGACAUCUCCGGAUUGGCAGUGAGUAUCGGUGAGAGUCGUCCCGCGCGCCUCCUGCCCGGGGAUGGCGACCCGGACUUCGGCACCCCGGUCUGAAUGGAACCAAAACACUAUGAUACAUUAAAAGCAUGCUUUCACAUACCUAGUUCCGGACGAGCUGGAAACGUUGAACUAAAUCACUCUGCCACAUCACUACAAAUUUUUAUGGAACGAUUAUGCAGAGAGAGAGAGAGUACAAAGAAGGGACUAUCUCUGUGUUAGAAAAUUAUUGUUAUUAAAAGGGGUUCUCGAUGAAAAAAACGCAAGAUGUUAGUCACUAUAUCUAUCCGUCUGUAGGUGCCAUUUAAAAUUUAAAUUUUAAUAAAAACUUUGUAUUCGAAUCCCCGUAUUCCUACGAUAGUUAUCAAACGAAUGGCCUCAAUUAAAAAAAAACGAUAAAAAUAUUUAAAAAAGGAACUAUUUGAAUGGCUUACUUCAUUAUUUUUUGCUGGACUUUUACUUACGUAAUUAUAUGCGAUAGUUCUUCUACUACUCUCCUCUCCAUAGCGGGAUCUCGGAAGCCGUUUACACCUCACGAUUUACAUAAGUGACGUCGUCCGCAAAUUUCUGAAUGUCUUUUUGCGAUUUGUUGCAUACAUACAUUGUUGUGUACGUGUUGUACAUACACAACUACGGUGUGAAUCAUUGUCGAUAUUUUGUAUGUUUUCUACCGGUAGGAUAUGCAUUAGGGAAACGCUGUGUGAUCGUGAUUAAAAAUAAAUUUUAAUUUAAAAAUAAAUAAAAAUUUACAUACAUUUUUAACAACAAAUUUUUUGUCUACAUUAUUUUUGAUCAGAGUACUAAUAUUGCACUCGCCAUUUCUAAAAAUGUCUAGACAAAAGUUUAAUUUAUAUAGUUCAUAAAUUAGUAGAUAAUUAACUAUAAAACGCUAGCAUAAAAAACAUUGAGCCUAUUUAAAUGAAUUAUUUUGUAAUAGUUAAAAGUCGGAAGGUCUAAAAGGUUCGUGUCAGGUCUCGAUCUCACGCGUACGCAUCGCCGCGGAACUAUGGGACUUAGACUUAAUUUGGGCGUCAAUUCCAAAAUUACUCUUAAUAUAAUAUGUAUAUGUAUGGAUGUAUAAUAUUGUUAUAAGAUUUCAAAUAUGUCAAAAACAUGAAAAUGUGUUAAUUUAUGUAAUACAAUGCUUUGUGAUUUAAAUUGUAUGUAGAUAGUUUUGAUUAUGUAAGAGAUCGCUUAGAAAUUCGCUGUUUUGCGUUUAGCUAUUUAUAUUACGAAAUCUUUAUAUUUUUAUGGUUUAACGUUCGUGAGUGUCGUAUGAAAAAUAUAUAUAAUAUUGAAAUCGAAAAACUAUGCAUAAGAAAAUUGAACACUGCAUUGAAAUAACAUUGCGAAAUGUGUUAUAUAUCUCCUUCGUACCGCCGAAAUUCCUUUACUUUGGCUCGAUACUUGUAAUUUUCCAUUAAAUCGUACUAAAUUAAUUAUUUAUAAUAAAAAUCGAAUAAAUCUCGUAUAAAAUACGUAAAAUAAAAUAACUCUUAAUAUAUUUACAUUAACUGCAAACAAAACGAAACAACGUGAAGUAUUUCAUUAUUUUGCCAUUGCCAAGUGUUGAGAUGUACCUCGCGAUUAACACUCCGCGUUCUCUGGGAGCUCAUUAAAUCGUCGCCGAGGCUAAUCGGGCGUCGGACGCUGUCAUUGUGCCAACUGGACCCGCCGACGGACCACAUAUCGUCUUCUCGCAUUAAAACGGUAUAAUCUGAAAACUUACAAAUUUUACAGGAGAUUUUAAAGGUUUUUGAACAUGUAAUAUUUUUAAUAUUAAUCAUCUUUGUAACAUUUAUUUGUUUAUUUUUUACCAGUUACAUUAUCUGUCUUUUAAAGUAAGAUAAAAUUAUAUAUUAAUUUUUUUAAUAGCAGUCAAAACAUAGGUAAAAAAAAAAAAAAAAAACUGAAACUAAACUACGCUCUUUUGACAGUAUUUAUGAGAAAAAUACUGGUGAUACCAAAUGUUUACGCAUAUUAACUUAAUUUCGAAUAUUUUUGGAAAUUGUACACUUUUAAUGCGAAAAGGCGAUAUGCGGAGCGGGUAUUCUCACCUACCGCAACUUGAUCUCAUUCGAUUAUAAGUCAUAUUUUGUUUAUACAAAAUUCAAUUUAACAUUCCAUGCGUACUUUUUUUUUAUUUGCUUAGUUGGGUGGACGAGCUCACGGCCCACCUGGUGUUAAGUGGUUACCGGAGCCCAUAGACAUCUACAACGUAAAUGCCGCCACCCAUCUUGAGAUAUGAGUUGUAAGGUCUCACUUUUAACAGUACAACGGCUGCCCCACCCUUCAAACCGAAACGCAUUACUGCUUGACGCCAGAAAUAGGCAGGGUGGUGGUGCCUACCCGUGCGGACUCAAGAGGUCCUACCACCAGUAAUGAGGAUUCAGACCGACAACUGAUCAAUCCGAUCGGGAAUCGACCCCGGUCCCUCGUGUAGUAGACCGUGUCGGCCCUACGAGGCGAUGCGGUGCUAACCUGUCAUUUUAUAACGACGAUAACAUUUUUACGAACGAAAUCCAUGAAUGUUUUUCACGAUUUUUUUAAUAAAAUAAUUUUAACAUUUGAUAUUGAAAUAUAUUGUUUUCUUUUGCGUAUUUUUUUUAAUUAUCUUUUGAUAGUAUAUACAUAAUUGAUUGACUGAGAUGUUUACAUGUGAAUUUUUCGUCUUCAUUUUUUCGAAUUUUCGCGAUAUUAAGAAAGGAAUUACAUAGCUGUGUAGUUUUACAUUCCAUUUAUGUAAAUAUGUUUUUUUUUGUUUUUAAUAAACCGAAGAAACAAAAAUUGUUUUGCUAUUUGAAAAAUCAUUACUUGUUCUAUGCUUUGUCUUGACGACGUUAUUGUUAGCUGAUGCUAGCCGUGAAACGUUCGCUGUUGGAUAUAGCAGCUACUUUAGCUAUUUUAUGCCUUAGUGUCUUGUGUUUUAGACAGCAUUAUACACUGAAAUAGUUUAAAAUCCACCUCUUAAACUGUAGACAUAGCCACUACCGAUUUCUGCAACUUGGUAGACGGCGGCUCGGCUCUGCCCCUGGCAUUGCUUACGUUCAUGAGCGACGGUAACCAUUUACCAUCAGGUGGGCCAUAUGCUUCUUCUUUUUCUCCACCUUAUCCCACUAGGUGGGGUCGGCACAGGUAAUUUUUCUCUUCCAUCCUUUUCUAUCGACCGUCAUCUCAACACUCACUCCUCUCUCUCAUGUCGUCAUUUACACCUCUUCCCCCUCUACCUUGCACUACCAUUUCCAUACAUCUCUUAUAAUAGUCACAUGCAUCUUCUCUCUACGCAUCACAUGUUCAUACCACGUUAACCGUCCGCUCUUUAAUUUAUAGGGUGGGCCAUAUGCUCGUCUGCCUAAAAAGGCAAUAAAGAAAAAUAGAAAUUAAAAACUUGGGUCUUACAACAAACCAGUUGACCAAAAAGGUGCGACAUCAGCUAAAUGCUUUUUUUUUUUUUUUUUUUCAAACCAGCUAAGUGUUACUUACAUCAACCGGGCAUUACGAUUAUAUCAGUUAUGCGUUAUAAUUUAACUACCCUUAAACAAUAUAAUUAAAAGUUCAAUUCAUGUCUCGAGUUGGCGGGAUUCAUGUUUGAUGUGAAUGGACUCCGGUGCCAGCGUAGCAUCAGUUGAAAAUCUGGAUUUGAAUAGAAAUUAUUGUUCACUGUGCUAGAGUCUCGUGGAUGUAAAACAAGAUUAUGUGCAAUGCGACAAAAUAUACAUAUGCCCUUCAAAAGUAAAACAAAAAUUCUUUACAAUUGUAAAUAACUGUAUAAAACUAUUUAUACGUGACGUUUAUCAUUAUCGUUUCAUAAAAUAGAUUGUAUCUAAAUAUAAAUACAGUACAUAACGCGACGCGUUCCACCGCAGUGGCUGCCGUUGAACAGACAACUGCGACACUGGAUCGACGCCAAUAAUACAUAUUUCCGCGCAUCACAAACAGUAGCAUUAUGUACGUAAUAGUAAUACUACAUGCGAUGGUAAACAAAUGGUAUAUUAUUAUUAUUAUCUAUUUACUGCUACGCUGCGUUUGUCGUUUCUGUUUGCAUAUCGGAAUUCGAGCACAACUCUGCCCUUUUUUUUUUAAAUCUUGUCGAUUCGGAUGGGCGCCCGAAGUUAACGUUAAUUAGAUUAAAAAUAAAUUUCGAUGAAAUUUAAAAUAGAGUUAGACGUGUCUGUACAUUCAGGAAUAGUAAUAAAAAUAGAAAAGGGUUAAUUAAACAAGAAUCAGAACACACACCGGGCGAUUUUUUUUCUUUUUUUUUCUGCCUUUUUUUUGUCCAAAUCAUUUUCUUUUAUGAAAGAUUUGGUUGCCCAUAGACCGCGCAGAUCUCAAGAACUAUUGAAAGAGUUUUCAUGCAACUUUCACUGGUAGACGAAUAUUAAUCUGGAGCAGAUUUUGUUUCUUUGCAAUCGAAUGUUGAAACAAGAACCAAUGAAUUUUGUAUGAAAAAAUUUAAAGUCUGGGAAAAGAUAUAGACUAUAUAAAUAUAAACGUUUCAUCCCACCGAUGAGUACGGAUCAUCGUCCAGGCGAUAUAAAGUGUAUUCCACAUAGGCGAAACUGCUAGUGGAACGCUAAUGAUAAUAAAAUGUAUUCAACAAACGUAUCCAAAAUGUCAUUUUAGCAAGAAGUACAGGUGGAACAAUAUAAGCGGGUGUGAAAUUAUUCCAUCUCCCUGAUGUCAACCUCCUUGAAUCUCUCUCGAAAUAUUAUGUUCUGAAUACUUUUGCUGGAGUAUGUUUUUUUGCCGCGAUUACUUUUAAUAGUGAAUAUUUAUGAGUAAUCAUUAGUAAUAUAAAAUCAAUGCACUGUGUAAACUACUAGUUUACGACUGGCAGUUUUAUAGAGACUUCUCCAUUUUUAAUACCCGAUGGAUCGAUUUUAUAUUGAUUUAUAGUCUACAAAUUGCUUGUAAAGAGAUCGUUUUAAGAGAAAAUUUGUUUAUUUUGUUUGAGAUAGAGCAGAUACAUUUGGCAAAAACAAGGGACUACAAUACGGAUUUAAAUCCAUGCCAAUUUUAAUAUGUUGUCAUCGAGAAAAACUCAAACUCAAAGUUUUGUUAUCUAAAGGGAAUUAAAGUUUUCUCCGAGAAACUCAACGCACCACCGAAACGAAUUAAUACCAAUACCUACUAGAAACAUAAAAAUGAUCUAUAAAUACCUUAGAAUUGCCAAUAAAAAAAAAACAAUAGAAACUGGGAAUUUUCCUAUUUAUUUCCAAUCGGAUAAUUUUGCAGUUUGGAAAGAUAGUAUAUGCUGAGAAAACACGAUGUUUAAAAAAAAAUAUUUUUUUUAAAUUAAUUUUGUUAUCAAUAUUAAGUUAAAUUACAAUCGACAAUUAUAAACAUUAUAUUAUAACUAACUUACCGAGAUCGAUUUUUUUAAAACCGCUUGUUUUAUUGUUCUUAUUUUAAUGGUAAACUUAAAUAUCAUCAAAUUUGUAAAGUAAGAAAAAAAACUUUGUACUUUUUCACUUGUUUUGUCAUUCUGGCAAUAAAAGUAUUAUUUUUCUUAUUUUAUAAUAGUGAAACAAUAUUGACAAAAACUCUACAAUGCUACAAUUACUUGAUUGAAAAUUGAAACAAAUUUAACGCUCAGACACAAGUGUAGUACAUUUGAAUAAAAAAUAAAUGUUAAAAUCACCGUCGAAUACGGUUCGGCGCGCUAUUUUAACUCUUCAACGCGAACAUUUGAAGAAAAUUCGUCAAUUGUACAGGACUAUUAGAUCCUAUAUACAGGAAUACUGGAUAGAUAGCUAGUAGAACCUACUAUAAAAAUUAUGUCAAAUACAUAUACAAACAUGUUCAAGGUAUUUUAUGUUUUAAGUGUUGUUUUUCAACAUAUAAAGCCUGCUUAAAUAUAAUUUAUUAUGAUUCAUCAGUUCCCGCAAUAUUCGUUUUCUAGAAAUGUCUUGUUUUUAAUUUGCUUCAUUUAUGAAAUAUUGUAUCGCGUGUAUUCAUUCCACGCACGUUCGUGAUAAAUUGCAGUAGCAUUGUUUUUCAUAUAAUCAGGACAAUAUCGCUAUAAAAAUAAAAUUUGUAUUUGUAAAA